GCCGUGCCGUGACGGUGACGAGUUGCAUCCUGGGAGAGCCGUUUCCGGGUUCGGCGGUAUUUACCGCGGCCGGGCUCUACGCCCAGGUUCACCUCGUCUCUCCUGAUCGAGCCUUCUCCGCCCCCGGCAGCGUUUUGGCUCAUCUGCCCUCCCGCAGGGGUGAAGGCUGGCGCCAUGGACGUUAACCAGCCCAAGCAGGAGCACUUGCUGGCUCUGAAAGGUCCUGUUUUCCACUGAUCUUUGCAGCACGGGGCAAGGAAAUUCUUGUAAAUAAGGUGUUUCAGUCUUGAUUUGAGAAUCCUAAUCAAGAGACUGUUCCUUUUCUUAAGACUAACUGGAUUCCUACUGUACAAGCAUGGAAGUGGUCUUGCAUUAUCGACCACAUCAGAGAGAUCUAAUAAAACUGCAGAAAUUUGCAGAAGCAGCAGUGAAGGAGUUUCCCAUUCGUCAGUUACCGCGAUUUACACCCUGGUUUCCAAAUGAUUUAUACAGACUUCCCCUCAAACCAAAAAAGCUGCCACCUGUUAUUUCUUGUGAGGAAGCAGAAGAAUUGAAACAACUUUCUACACCUUCAGAACAUGUUACAGGAUCUCCUGAUUAUGACUGCACAAAAAAUCUCCUUGAGUUUCAGUCUAAUGUGAAACAUGGGCAGACUUUAAUCCAAGCACAAACUGUUCAAACACCAAUUAACUUGGAAAAUCAAGGAGACCUACCACAUAAUGGAAAGCAAAAAUUGAAAAGGUCUUGGAGUGUCUCUCUCCCUAGCCCUAAGCUUAAAGAAAAGAUUCUUCCUUUAUCUCAAGAACUGCAAAAUAAUUUGGAAAGACUAAAACUGCAUGCGUUUUAUAGAGCAAAAUGGACAAUUGAACAGUCUAUUUGUAAUAAUCAGAAUUUGGAGGACAUCUGGAUAAAACUGAAUAGACUCAUCAAGCAGAAUGAAUUGCCAUCUUGCAAUGCUACUAUCCAAAGAUCUGUGGGACAGAUAUGGAUUUUCUGUGAUAUAUUAUACUGUGAAUAUGUUAGAAAUAUUCUUAGGGAAAAGCUAAGCCUUACUGAUAAAAUGAAUUUGCUUGUACAUAAAUUUGGAAUUAUAUUUAGUUUAUAACUGUGAGAUAGAGUUUCAGUAUAAAAUUGCUGUCUGAAGUACUAGAGUUUUUAAGCAGCUUAGAAUAUAUAAACAACUGAUGAAUUAAUGAGCAGAAAACUACUUAAUAUUACUUUGCUACAGUUUUUUAACUGUAAUAAAUAUAUUUAUUUAACUUUGUUUUGCCAGGAGAUUUAUGAAUGGUUCUAUUAAGAUUAGUAAGUUUCUGUUUGGCUUAGUACUGCAUUUUGUAGCUUUUCUCUACCUCGGUGGUCUAAAGGAAAAAAAUUAAAAUAAAAAUUCCAGACUAUUAUGCCAAGCUGUGUCAGAUAAUAAAAUGUAUGCUUUCAAUCAA